AUGCUGUGUCAUCGCCAGGCGAGCGCACUUUGCGCCGCGGACCCGCAAAUCCGCCACCUUUCCCGCGACUCCGCGCGCAGAGCUCCUCACCGCGUGCGCAUCACCGCAACGGCGCAGAUUCCCGCGUCGAGGAGCGAGCGCGCGCUAAACAGCACUGCCGAUUCCGUCACUCCCUCCCCCGCGCGUAGCCCCAACUGCAGCGCCACGCUUGAAAGCGCUUCCGCUGCUGGUGCUUCCGCCGAUACAUCCCCGCCGAAUGGCUCCGCGCGUUCCCUUACAAACGGAUCCGCGACCAACGGCCGCGCGAGGGGCACGGGUGGGGAAAACGGGGAGGGAGAAGCAGAGAGGGAGCGGGCGGCGAUGCGCGCAGCGAUGCGGGAGCGGACGAGGGCGGUGCGCGCGAGGUACGCGCGCGUGAAGGACGUGCGGAAGGAGCACAUUCCGCCCGACGUGUUCGACUACCUCCGCGCCGUGCAAGAGGUCAUUCAGGGGAAUCAAGGCGCCGAAUCCCGCGCGAGCAGCACUGCGCCUGCUGCGCCUUCCCCCCUGCCCUUUCCCCCGCUCCCGCUGCCCUUCCCCCAGCUUCCCCUGCCCGUCCCCAUGCCGCCGCUCCCCCUGCCGGUCCCCCCGUUCCUGGAGUCGCUAUUCCCCAGAUCCGCGGGGGCCGCCGUUGAGAGCAGCGCAGGCGCGGGGAGCGGAGAGCGCGCGGCGGAGAAGGCGGAGAGCGGGCCUCCGCGGUUCCUGUGCCCCGCGGAUGCCGUUCCGCCCAGCGAAGAGGGGCUGCUUCCGCGGCUCUUCUUCCUGCCAGGCAUCGAGGGAACGGGGUUUGGCCUGCAGCUGCACCACAAGACACUCGCCAGGCUGUUCGAGGUGACCUGUCUGCACGUGCCUCUAUCCGAUCGCUCAGAAUUCUCUCGUCUAGUUGACCUGGUGGAGGAGGAGGUCACCACGGAGCACAACCUGAACCCCUCCCGCGCGCUCUUCAUCCUGGGGGAGUCCUUCGGCGCCCUGCUCGCCCUCGCUGUGUCCGCCAGGAACCCCAAGCUGCCUAUCACUCUCGUGCUCGUCAAUCCUGCAACGAGCUUCCCGCACUCACCACUGCACCCACUCAUCCCAGUGCUGCGAUCCAUCCCUCCGGACGUCUACCACGUCUUCCCCUACCUCCUCAGCUUCACCAUGGGCAACCCCAUACGCAUGGCAUCAGGGCGAGUGCCCCUGGACGCCUCUCCGCUCGACCGCCUGCUGCAGCUCAGGCAGAACCUGCUCGACCUGCUGCCCAUCCUUCCCCUCGUGGCGGACAUUCUCCCCCAGGCCACACUCGAGUGGAAGCUGGACCUGCUGGAGGAGGGCAGCGCGGCCGUGGAGCCAUUGCUUAAGGACAUCAAGCACACCACGCUCAUCGUCGCCGGGGGUGAGGAUCAGAUGCUAUCGAGUGAGGAGGAGGCAAAGCGACUGCACAAGGAGAUGGCGGCAUGCACUACAAUAGUGAAGCAGUGCCCCAACUCUGGGCACACGCUGCUGCUGGAGGCAGACAUAGAUUUGGCGAGCAUCAUCAAGGGAGCGGGCGUAUACAGGCGCAGCAGCAGCAGGCGCGAGGACCCGCAAGUGGACGGCUUCGUGCUGCCCACCGUGGAGGAGUUUGCACGCAGCAAGGGCGGCAUGGACGGCACGAUUCGUCUCAUGUGCUCGCCCGUGUUCCUGUCCACAGUGGUGGACGAUGCGCGAGACACCACCGACCUCAGCAGAGUGCUUAGAAACUCCUCCCACUCCUCCCACUCCUCCCACUCCUCCCACUCCCACUCCUCCCACUCCUCCCAUUCCUCCUCCUCGUCCGCGCGCGUCGUGCUGGGUUUAGAGGGAAUACCAACAGACGAGCGCCCGCUGCUCUUCGUGGGAAACCACCAGACAUACGCGCCAGAUCUCUCCCCUUUGAUAGCUGAGCUUCUCGCACAUGGAGUGCCCCUCAGGGGACUCGCCCACCCUCUCGCCCUCGGCAUGUUCCCAGGCUCUAUAGAGCACAACCCCAUGGCGGAGGAGUUUCGUCUCUUCGGCGCCGUGCCGGUGACGCCUAAAGUGCUGCACCGCCUGAUGGCCACCGACCAGGCGGCGCUGCUGUUCCCGGGAGGCAUGCGAGAGGCGCUGAGGAAACGGGGCGAGGAGUACAACCUCUUCUGGCCGCACCGCGCUGAGUUCGUGCGCAUGGCGGUCAAGUUUGGAGCAGUGAUCAUUCCCUUUGCAUCGGUGGGAGUUGACGAUGCAUACAAUUUUGUGCUGGAUGCGGACGAGCUACCCAACGUGCCAGUGUAUGGGGAGCAGAUGAAGGAGUUCAUGGACUAUGUGCCUAAAGUCAGAGAGGACGAAAUAGCAGGGCCAGCAGCAGAGCGCUUCCUGGCGCCAGUGGUGCUGCCCAAGAAGAUCAACCGCCUCUACAUCAAGUUUGGCGCCCCCAUCCGCACUGCCGGCAUGCGGGAGGUGUUGACAGACCAGCAGGCAGCAGUGGCGCUGUACGCGCAUGUGAAGGGCGAGGUGGAGGCAGGGAUAGAGUACCUGCUGAGGAAGCGAGAGGAGGACCCGUAUGCUGACCUUGGGGCGAGGCUGCUGUAUGAAGCCACGUGGGGGGGCGAGAGGCAAGCACCUACUUUCAAGCCACCGAGCUGUGUUGCUGCUACUGCAGCUCUCGCAGUCUCGCCCGUGCGCACUCACUCACCGCAGCUGCCAUGCCCCUCUCCACCCACGCUUGCCUCUUCACCCACACUGCUCUCCCCUGAUGCUCGGAACAGAAGCACACGAACGUGCCCGUUACCACCCCAACCUCUGCACAUCAACGCCAAGCCUUGCUGCUACUACAGCUCUGGCAGUCUCGCCCGUGCGCUCUCACUCACAGCAGCUGCCACGCCCCUCUCAACCCACACCCCUCUCCUCUUCCCCCGGUUUCUCUGCACCAGUGUUCGGAAGCUGGAAAACGUGACGUGA